AUGACAAUUUCAUUAAAUUAUACAAAUAUAACAGAUUUUAAUAAAACAUAUUAUCCUUAUAAGUUUAUUACUUAUCAAACGGAUGCAUUUGAAUUAUUCACAAGAAAAACUUCAUGUUUUCUAUCUGGAAUUGGAAUGAUAACAAAUUUAAUUAUAUUUAUUACAUUGUUAAUUUAUCGUCGACAUUGUACAACAUAUUUUCUUUUAUUAACAAUGGCAAUAAAUGAUUGUAUCUAUUGUUCAAUGUAUUUAACAUCUUAUUUAUCUGUUAAUAAUAUAAUAAAUUUAAUUAAUAGAUUUAUAUUUUGUCAAUUAUCAUUUUUUUUACAAUCAUUUUCAUUUAUGUGUUCAUCAUUAAUAUUAUUUGUAUGUUUAAUGCAUACAUAUAAAAAAUAUAAUCGUUCUUAUAAUACAGUUAGUGGUCAAUUAUGUGGUCGUUUAUCAUUAUUAUUUAUAAUUGGUAUUGUUUUUACUCGUGCCUUUCUUAUUAUGAUUAGUGUUGAUACAGAAAUAGAUAGACGAACAAAUAGAAAUAUAUGUAAAGUAUUUAAUUUAGAAAAUAUAACUGAUUUAGCUAGAAUGACACAAUAUAUUUUACAAAUUAUCUAUGAAAUUGUUGAUACAUUUAUUUAUCUUGCUUGUUUUAUUAUUACACUAUUAAUAUUAUAUCAAAAAUUAUUUCAUUGUAAACAAAAUCAUCAUAGUUAUGAUGAUGAUCAAAAUAAUGUUCAUCGAUCACCACUUGUUAAUAGUUGUUCUGAUUCAUUUUCAAAUGUUAUUCAAUCAUUAACAUCAACAUCUCAACGUAAACAAUCAUCUGAUUCAUUAAUUUUAAAAAAAAAAAAUUAUCGUACACGUUUAAGUAUAUGUCAAAUUCGUUCACCUAUUUCUAUAAUAGGUAAUCAAAUUGAAUCAUUAACCGAUAAACAUCAUCGUCUUGAUUUACUCAUAGUUUCAUUGGGUAUUCAAACAUCAUUCUUCUUUUUUCCUGUUAUAUUUUUAAAAUUAGAUGCUAAUUUUAACAUACAAUCAUUACAAAAUUAUCUUUCAAAACAUUUAUUUUGGUAUUCAAUAGCACAUCCAUUUGUUUUAUUAAAUUUAACAACUCGAAUUUGUGCCUAUUGUCUAUUUGAUAUUAAUUUUCGUCAAUAUUUUAAAAAAGUAGUUGGUAUGACAUGUUCAUCCAAUUGUCUAUUGUUAUGUAUGAAUACACUAAAAAAGCGUGAUAAAUGUAUGAUUAAAAUCGAUUGUAAUAGAGAAUUAAAUUAG